AUGUCGCGAAGAGCUGCGGCAGAUGAUGGUUGGCUAAUAAUAAAAAAAAUUUAGUCGAUUAAAAGGUUCAGAAUAUAACGUGGAGAAGAUUCUCAAAAAGCGCUACAUUGGAAAUCCAAAACGAUUGCAAUAUUUGAUCAAGUGGGAAGGAUACGAUAAGCCUGAGGAUAAUACUUGGACCGAUGCUCAAGAUUGCGUGAGAUUUAAAAAAAAAACGCUCUUGAGUUUAAAAUUGUUUCAGGAAUGUCCAGAGAAGGUCGAAGAGUUCGAGAAAACUUUGGUUGGGAAGAAGAUUUUAAUAAAUUGAAAAUAUUAUUUUUAGGGUCCUGCAGGGAAUGUAGAAAAGCGAUUAUCUCUGGUGCGUAAGUGUUUCUUUCUCUCUAUAACUUUUGUUUUUUUUUUCAUUUGGAUACGUCCUUUGAGAGUUUUUGUCGAAAAGUCGGAACUUUCUAUACUUUUUUUUCUCUUCUGAAAAAUAAGAGAUUAAUGAGGUCUUUUUAUACUUAUUACAGGAAUUUAUAAGGGAUUCUCUUUCACUUCGAAAAAUGUUUGUUGAUUUGAUACUAUUAGUAUAAACAAAAAAAUUAUUUUUUUCAGAUUCUAUGAAUGUUUUUUUGUAGAAUAAAAAAUUUGCCGACGUCUUCUUCUCGUCCCAAACGUGCCGCAAGCCUUCCUGACAGCGACAGCACUCCCAGAAAGAAGUUGGCGGCGGUGAGUGGAAAUUUCAUCAAAAAAUAGUUGUAUUUCAAGGAAAAAAUCCCGUAAGUCAAGGAAAAAAUUAAGAGAAAAACAGCCUGAAAUCUUUUUAUGACUCAAGUUCAGCAAAUAGAGUAUUAAAAAUAUGUUUUGAAACCUAGAAAAAGGGCGAAGAAGUGUUUUCUACAGUUUUUUUUUGAAGUUUGGCUCUCCUAAGUUCGGAGUUCAAAUGUGGUCCCAAAUUUGAAUUCUCAUUAGCAAUCUCAGAGACUCUGUGAAGACCUAAAAGUGAUAAUGACCCGAAAAUUUUCUUUUAUUCAGUGAACUCAUAAUUAAUUUAAUAGUCUGCCGAGAAAACUGGAAGUUCGAGCCGAUCUCAGAAAAAGGACAGAUUCACGAUCUCAAUGGUUGAUAGCAACCUUGAGGUACGAAAAGUUUGAAUUUACAACAAAAGGAAAAUUUAAGGAUUCGUUCAACUCCGUGGUUUCGCCUGUUCAUAGUUACAAAAGAGGUUAAACAUUGGAAAUUUCAUAAUUUCAAUAUAUGCGUAUUUACAGCUUCAUCUUCUUCAACUCCUAAAAAGUAUCGUUUUGAGAAUGGGUCUAAGGUGCGGGAAGUUGCUGAAAUUAGAAAUACUCCCAGUGGACUUGUAGCUAAGGUUUCAAAAAUUUUUUUUUAAAAAUAAAAAUAUUAAAAAAACUUAGGUCAUUUACGAAGGAAGGCGCGGCGACGCCAAUAACUCUGAACUCGUUUCCGUGGAACGACUUCGUAAAGAUUACGGCGAAGUUAUUCUUUUCCUACUUUAAAAAAAUAAAAAAAUAAAUUGUUCAGCUUCUUCUCGACUACUUCAUAAAAAAAUUACGUCAAGCGUCACAACUAAGAUGA